CAUUUAUCUGCUUGUAUGGGAGGAAAGCAGCCAUUAAGAAGAUAUUGAGGGAAUUGGUGCCAACACGACAAUGGCAGAUUCAUCUCUUAGAAUAAACAAAAACUGGAUCAUCAUGUUGCGGGUUGUUGUGGAAUCAGCUACUGGUUUGCCUAAAAAGAAAGUUGGAAGUCCUGAUCCAGUCACGACAGUUUUUUUCAGGGAGGAAAAGCAGAAAACAAGAACUAUCGACAGUGAAGUCAAUCCUGUAUGGAAUGAGGUGAUUGAGUUUAACCUGAAGGGAGCCGCUCUCGAAGCCAACUCCCACAUAGACGUCAUUGUGAAAGACUCUGAGACCUUUGGGAAAGAUAAAUUCAUUGGGUCAACAAGAAUCCCUUUGAGAGAGCUUGCCUCGGGUCAACUUAGAUCAUUGCCAUCCAAAAACGUCCCUCUGGUUGAUGAGAAUGGUCACAAUAUUGGUGCCACCAUGAACCUUGUUGUUGGCUAUGAUCCUCCAGCCAAUGCAAUCCUAAAUACCAACGAUGGUGAUUCUACGUUAGAUACCGGCGGAGGGCAAGCUAACGAGAUGGAACCUGAUGGGGCCAUUAGUGGUUCUGUGAUGGGUCCCUCAUCUCCAGGCCACUCUGCUAGCCUCCGUCAGCGGUUUGCCAGGGUGCAGAAUCGACACCGACUUGUCAACAGACCUCAGGACUUUCAGAUUCGAGUCCGGCUCAUAGAGGCCCGUCAGUUGCCUGGCAACAACAUCAAGCCGGUGGUGAAGAUCCACGUGUGUGACCAGACCCACAGGACACGAAUUAGGAGGGGAAACAACCCAUUUUUCGAUGAGAUGUUCUUCUACAAUGUCCACAUGCUUCCAUCAGACCUGUUUGAACAGAACAUCAGCUUCCGGGUGUAUAAUUCUUACUCCCUCAGAGCCGACAGUCUCAUGGGAGAAUUUAAGCUUGAUGUUGGCUAUGUGUAUGAUGAAGCAGGCCACUGUGUUAUGAGGAAGUGGCUACUCCUAAAUGACCCUGAUGACUCCAACUCGGGGGCGAAAGGGUACCUCAAAGUCAGCCUCUUCGUGGUGGGGAUCGGGGACGAGCCACCGGUAGAGAAAAGGGAGUCCAAUGACGACCACGAUGACAUUGAAAGCAACCUGCUUCUUCCAGCCGGUGUCACACUACGAUGGGCCACGCUAUCGCUGAAGGUGUUUAGAGCUGAGGACAUACCCCAAAUGGAUGAUGCAUUCAUCCAGUCACUGAAGGAGGUUUUUGGUGCGGAUCAAAAAAAGAAGAACCUGGUGGAUCCUUUCAUAGAGGCUCGUUUCGCUGGCAAAAAGCUAUGUACACAGAUCAUCGAGAAGAACGCAAACCCUGAGUGGAACCAAGUGUUGAACCUUCAAGUCAAGUUUCCUUCCAUGUGUGAACGUGUGAAACUGACCGUCUUCGAUUGGGACCGUGUGACUGGGAAUGAUGCUGUUGGCACCACAUACCUGAAUCUGGCCAAAAUAGCCUCCUCUGGGGGAGAAAUAGAAGAGGAACAUGCAGGAAACGUAGAAAUGUCGUCGUUUGAAGCUGACAGCGGAGAGUCGGAGGUCGGUUUCCUGCCCGUCUUUGGCCCUUGUUACAUCAACCUCUAUGGCAGCCCCCGAGAGUUCAGUGGAUUGCCAGAUCCCUACGAAGACCUCAAUUAUGGAAAGGGUGAAGGAGUGGCCUACAGGGGCAGGGUCUUGGUCGAGCUGUCCACUAAGCUGGAAGGCAAAGUUGAUAAAAUCGUCGACAGCAUCUCGAGUGAUGACAUCCUGGUGACACAGAAGUACCAGAGGAGAAGGAAGUACUGUCUUUGCGCAGUCUUCCACAGUGCCUCCAUGAUACAGGAACCAGGUGAACCAAUCCAGUUUGAGGUCAGCAUCGGUAACUAUGGCAACAAACUCGACACCACCUGCAAACCACUGGCCUCCACCACUCAGUAUAGUUGCGCUGUCUUUGAUGGAAACCACUAUUAUUACCUGCCGUGGGCAGGCACCAAGCCCGUUGUUGUGGUCACCUCAUUCUGGGAGGACAUCAGCCACCGCAUGGACACAAUCAAUAUUAUCCUCUACAUCACUCACCGCUUGCAAACAAACCUGGAGGCCUUUAAAAAUGCUGUGUCAGCUAAAGCACCUGACAAUGAGCUUGACGCCACGUGGGUGAAGUUGCUCAGUCAGCUGAUUGAAGACUUGGAAAAUUUCCCAACCCGAGACCUGGAGGGCUGCUCCAACCUGACAUCGCUGGACAUCCAGCUUAAGAAGCUGCGGGACAGCGGCUUGAACAGCAUCAAGGAGGUAGCCAGACGCAUGAGGGUGGAGGCUCAAGACGUCGCCGACACUCUGGCCGACAUCGAGUCGUGGGUUGACAAGCUCAGGAUGCUUGCUGAGGAGCCCCAGAACAGUAUGCCUGACGUGAUCAUCUGGAUGCUGCGAGGCGAGAGGAGGGUUGCUUACAGCCGCGUACCGGCUCACCAAAUCCUCUUCUCCACAUACUGUGAGCAGGCCUGUGGGCAACACUGUGGCAAAACCCAAACAAUCUUCUUGAAGUACCCCAUGGACAAGAACGGGGGCUUAAAGGUGCCUGUUGAAAUUGGAGUCAACAUGUGGCUUGGUCUAGCCGCUCAUGAGAAGAAGUUCAACUCCUUUGCUGAGGGAACAUUUAGUGUGUUUGCAGAGCUGUAUGAGAACCAAGCCAGUGUGUUUGGGAAGUGGGGGACCACAGGAUUAGUGAGGCGCCAUAAAUUCUCCGACGUAACCGGCAAACUGAAACUGAAAAAGGAAUACUUCAUGCCACCCCGAGGAUGGGAGUGGGAGUCUGACUGGUUUAUUGACCCGGAGAAAGCUCUCUUAACAGAGGCGGAUGCAGGACACACGGAAUUCAUGGAUGAAGUUUUCCAAAAUGAAACCCGCUUCCCUGGUGGAGAGUGGAAGGCCGCCUCCGAGCCUUUCACCGAUGUGAAUGGAGAGAAGAGCCGCCAUCCAGGAGAGUUUGAUUGUCCUCCGGGUUGGACCUUGGAGGAUGAGUGGACAGUUGAUGACAACAGAGCUGUGGAUGAUCAAGGUUGGGAAUAUGGCUUGACCAUUCCUCCAGAUGACAAACCUAGGUCCUGGGUCCCUGCAGAGAAGGUGUACCAUGUCCAUCGCAGGAGAAGGCUUUUCCGACCUCGCAGGAGAGACACAAUUCCUGCAGGUGCAACUAUGGAGAGAAUGGACCAAGGAGACCCAGAGGGAUGGGAAUUCUCCUCGUUGAUCGGCUGGAAGUUUCACAGGAAGGAGCGAUCAUCAGAUACGUUUCGUCGGAGGCGGUGGAGGAGAAAGAUGGCACCGGAAGAGCGCUUAGGAGCGUCUGCCAUCUUUAAACUAGAGGGUACACUGGGUGUUGAUACUGAAGAGAAAGAGCAAAGCUCCAAGGGUGAUGUCACCAAGAUGUUUGGUGCUAACACACCCACUGUGUCCUGCUCAUUUGACAGGUCAUAUAUGUAUCACCUGCGUGUGUAUGUCUAUCAGGCACGCAAUCUGACAUCGAUGGACAAAGAUAGUUUUUCUGAUCCGUACGCCCACAUCUCCUUCUUGCAUCUGAGUAAGACAACAGAGAAGCUGCAAGCGACUCUAAACCCAACCUGGGACCAAACCUUGAUUUUUAACAACGUGGAGAUUUACGGCAACCCGCAGACUAUCGCGCAGCACCCCCCAAAUGUGGUCCUGGAGUUCUAUGACCAUGACCAAGUGGGAAAGGACGAGCUGCUGGGGCGCAGUGUUUUCCCUCCACUGGUAAAGUUAAAUCCCGGCAUGGAUCUGACACCCAAACUGCUGUGGCACCCCAUCAUGCAGAAGGGGCGAGUGGAAGGGGAGGCACUGGUGGCAGCUGAGCUCAUCUUCAAAGAUAAGUCAGGAGAGUCAGAUCUCCCUCUGGUUCCCCCAAAGAGGGCAGAGAACCUCUACAUGGUUCCGCAGGGCAUCCGACCUGUUGUGCAGCUCACUGCUGUGGAGAUUCUAGUAUGGGGUCUGAGGAACAUGAAGCCUUAUCAGCUGGCCUCGGUGUCCUCACCCAGCCUGGUGGUGGAGUGCGGGGGACAGAGGGUAGAAUCGGCGGUCAUCAGGAACAUGAAGAAGAGCCCCAACUUCCCCAGCUCUGUCCUCUUCAUCAAAGUGCUUCUUCCAAAGGAUGAGAUGUACACACCUCCCAUUGUGCUGAAAGUGAUUGAUCAUCGUCCGUUUGGCAGGAAACCAGUGGUGGGCCAGUGCACCAUCACCUCUCUAGAGCGGUUCCGCUGCGACCCUUACAUCAUCACAGCAGAGGGAGCCAUGUCUUCCAAAAUGGCCUUAAUGGCGGCAAUUCCUUACAAACAAGUCUCCAUCAACAUGGAAGAAAGCAGACCACUGCUGGAAGCUCAGCGCGUAGAGAAGGAAAAGCAAACUGUGGAUUGGUGGAGUAAAUUCUACAUUUCUGUGGGAGACCAAGAGAGAGGUGGCCCUUAUCUCAAGAAAGGAUAUGACACCCUCAAAGUUUACAACUGUGAAUUGGAAGAUGUCCCAGAAUUCAAAGGGCUGACAGACUUCUGCAGCACCUUCAAACUUCAGCGUGGCAAAAACGAGGACGGCAACGACGAUCCCAGUGUGGUCGGCGAGUUUAAGGGGUCGUUUAAGGUGUACCCCCUGCCAGAUGACCCGGGGGUCACCCCGCCUCCCCGGCAAUUCCGAGAGCUGCCCGACAGCGGGCCUCAGGAGUGCCUGGUCAGGAUUUAUGUGGUUCAGGCCAAUGAUCUCCAGCCCAAAGACAACAACGGCCGAUGUGACCCAUAUAUGAAGAUAUCCCUGGGAAAGAACACAAUUGAUGACCGUGACCAUUACCUCCCCAAUACCACCAACCCUGUGUUUGGACGGAUGUUCGAGAUGACCUGCUUCCUGCCCCAAGACAAAGACCUGAAAAUCUCUGUGUAUGACCAUGACCAUCUGAGUCGCGACGAGAAGGUUGGGGAGACGGUGAUUGACCUGGAGAACCGCUUCCUGUCGCGAUACAACGCCUACUGUGGCCUGCCACAAACCUACUGCACUUCUGGAAUCAACCAGUGGCGGGACCAGUUGAAGCCGUCUGAGAUCCUGGAGAACCUUGCUCGUCUGAAAGGUCUAUCCAAGCCCAGGACUGAGGACAACGGCAAUUCUUUGAACUUUAACGGCAAAGAAUACAAGCUGGCUCAGUUUGAGGACAACAAGGAGAUCCAUGAGCACCUGGGUCCAGCCCGGGAGCGUCUGUGUCUGCAUAUCCUCCGCACACAGGGGCUGGUUCCUGAGCACGUGGAGACCAGGACCCUUAAUAGCAGCUUUCAGCCUAACUUGCCCCAGGGACGACUUCAACUGUGGGUGGAUGUGUUUGCAAAAAGAAUGGGUGUGCCCGGACCUCCCUUUGACAUCACACCACGCAAGCCAAAGAAGCAUUUCCUGCGCGCAGUCAUCUGGAACACAACUGAUGUCACUCUGGACGAGACCAGCGUCACCGGAGAGCACAUGAGUGACAUUUACGUCAAAGGAUGGAUGCCAGGAAUGGAAGAGGACAAGCAGAGGACGGAUGUCCACUACAGGUCUUUAGAUGGAGAUGGCAACUUCAACUGGAGGUUCGUGUUUGACUUUGACUACCUGCCUGCUGAGCAACUUUGCCUGGUCUCAAAGAAGGAGCACUUUUGGAGUCUGGACAAAACCGAGUUCAGAAUCCCCCCAAAGCUGACUGUCCAGAUUUGGGACAAUGACAAAUUCUCCCUGGAUGAUUAUCUUGGUACUCUGGAGUUGGAUUUGCACAACUUGGUUGCCCCUGCGAAGACCCCCGAAAAGUGUUCUCUGUCCAUGAUGGAGCAUGUGGAAAUGGAAGCUCCACAAAAGGCGGAAGCUGCCAAGUCUCUGUUUGCCCAGCAAUCAGUGAGGGGCUGGUGGCCAUGUUCUAUUGAGCAAGAUGGAAAUAAGACCCUGGGGGGUAAAGUAGAGAUGACUUUGGAAAUUGUUAGCGAGGUGGACGUAGAUGAGAAACCUGCAGGAAAAGGCAGAGAUGAACCCAACAUGAACCCAAAACUGGACUCUCCCAAGCGCCCUGAAACGUCCUUCUUUUGGUUCACCAACCCAUGCAAGACCAUGAAGUUCAUUGUAUGGCGACGGUUCAGGUGCCUCUUCAUCGGAAUCCUCCUCCUCGUCAUUGUGCUCCUGUUCCUCGCCAUCCUGCUGUACUCUUUACCGAACUACAUCUCAAUGAAGAUAGUGAAGCCGCUAUGAGCCAAAAUGCAAACAACAAAAGAUCACAGUGACUUCCAAACUAUCUUUAUUUUUAAAUUUUUUCAUCCAGUGUAGUUUUUAGACUUGGAGCGGGAAGGGAUGCCUGCAUUAAUUUAACAUAUUCUGUCACAAAAUGUAAAUAUGAACACAUGCUUAAGUGAUUAAAGCACAGCACUGACAGGUUUGCAGGAUGCAGGUGAGAAACACAAAAUGAAUGUAUUUAAGACUUUAAUAAACUACCAUCACAUGAUUUAGAAUUGUUAAACAUACACCACACAUGGCAUUGACUUGUACAUAUGAGCUAAAAACUGAAUUUUAAGAAAUGUAUUGUUAUAAAUAAAUUGAGAAAUAAAAACUGCAUUUAUUCUUCC